AUGAGCCGCUACGUCCAGGUCAACAGUGCUCCUAGGGGGCCUGGUGACGCUCGACCUACGGCACUCGACGUCGUGCGAGACGAAGGGCUCCAAGGCAAACUGACCGGUAGCGUCGGCGUCGUCACAGGCGCCUCUUCCGGUAUGGGCCCUGAAGUUGCCAGAGCCCUGGCCGCGACGGGCAUGACUGUGUUUUGCACAGCCCGAGACGUUGCAAAGGCGAACAAAGCGCUUGAGGGCAUCAAGACGGAAAUCGUAGAAAUGGACAACGCCUCGCUCGUCUCUGUGCGCAAGGCAGCGAGCGAGAUCCUGGCAAAGGCGAAUGGCAAAGUCAACAUCUUGAUCAACAAUGCUGCCAUUAUGGCGUGUCCAUUCGCCACAACCCAAGACGGUUUUGAGUCCCAAUUUGGCGUCUGCCAUCUCGCCCACUUCCUCUUCUUUCAGCUUCUCAAGGACGCUCUGCUUCGGGCAGCCACAUCACAGAGGGCGUCGAGGGUCGUCAGCGUGUCCUCGGUCGGUCAUCGGGCAGGCCCUGUCAAUUUCAACGACUACAAUUACGAGAGAGACCCAAAGAGCUAUAGCCCUUGGGGUGCUUAUGGUUCAGCAAAGACGGCCAAUAUCUAUUUGGCCAACGAGAUCGAAAGACGGUACAGCAGCAAGCACCUUCACGCCCUCUCCCUGCAUCCAGGAGGUGUGAGAACGGGGCUGCAGGCGCACAUCCCUCAGGAAAUCAUCGACAGCUGGAAAACGGACGAGAAAAUCAGCAAGAAAAUGAAGAACGCAGAGCAGGGCGCUUCAGCAACGGUCAUUGCGGCCUUGGCAGAGGAGCACGAGGGAAAAGGAGGAUAUUACCUCAACGAGGAUGGUGUCAAAGCCGAGAUGGCAAAAGAGGAGGACAGAUUUUCAGUCAGUAUUGAGCCUGGCUAUGCACCUCAUGCCUUUAAUCCAGAAGGAGAGACACAAUUGUGGCAGGAUUCUCUCGCAAUGGUAGGUCUUCCACAGGAGUGA